AUCAUUACCGAGGAAGAGCGGGGGGGUGCCGGGUACGCCAUUUUCGCGCACCGCGCAGUCAGUCAGUCAGUCAUCCAGCCAGCCAGUCAGCCAGUGCACCAGCGAGCUGUCAUCUUCAUGGGCUACUAGUCAACUUUUUAUUUAGCCCCAUGAAGCCGCUGUCGAGUUAGUAUUACGGACCUGUUCCUGCCAUGGAACAAAAGGAGAACAGGCUUUUCUUAUAUGGCUCAGACUAAAGUCAGUGUUUUGACAGAUAGCUUAGGUGGCUAGCUAUGUAGCUAGCUGGUCAUCAUUAACGGCGGUUGAUGCAGUGAAGCCCAGCGUCAGUCGGUAAAACAUACCCCACUCGGAGACAGUUUGGAAAUUCAGUUUUAUUACUUAAAUAUUUUUUUACACUCAUCGGCAAGCGUUGGUGAUCAAAGGAACAACACCUCCAUUUAAAAAAAGGCGUGAUUUAAAAGGUAAAGAGGCGAGGGAAACGAGCGUUACAGCCAGCUACAUUGGCAACGGAUGUCCUAGAGAACGUUUGGGAUGUUUCCAGUGGUUGAAAACUGACCUUGCUUUGUGUUGGUGGGGUAUAAAGCAGUGAUUUUUGAUUGAUACCCAGGCUCACUGCUUGACCCUUUCAAGGAUCCAGUUCGACUUGUUUUGCAGUGAUGCGUGAGGACAUGUCCACCAUGGUGUGCGUGAAGGAGGAGGAGAACCCUGGGGAGAGGCUGUCCCAGGAUGAGAUCAUCUCCCGGACCAAGCAGGUGAUCCAGGGGCUGGAUGCCCUGAAGCAGGAGCACCACUCUAUCCUGGAGGGCCUGCUGGGCACGCUGUGCUGCCUGAAGCAAGACGAGGAGGGCGUUUUGGUGGAGGAGAAGUCCCACAUGAUCCGCAAGUCCCUGGAGAUGCUGGAGCUCGGGCUGAGCGAGGCACAGGUGAUGAUGGCGCUGUCGAGCCACCUGAGCUCGGUGGAGUCGGAGAAGCAGAAGCUACGGGCUCAGGUACGCCGGCUCUGCCAGGAGAACCAGUGGCUGAGGGACGAGCUGGCCGGGACGCAGCAGAAACUGCAGAAGAGCGAGCAGAGUGUGGCCCAGCUGGAGGAGGAGAAGAAGCACCUGGAGUUCAUGAACCAGCUGAAGAAGUACGACGAGGACUUGUCCCCAUCCGAGGAGAAGGACUCUGACUCCAGUAAAGAGACUCUGGACGAUCUCUUCCCAGAUGACCAGGACGACCAAGCCCCAGGCAUCCAGCCAACUCACGGCAGUGCUGCGGCAGCGGCUGCCCAGCAGGGAGGCUAUGAGAUCCCGGCCCGUCUGAGGACACUUCACAACCUGGUGAUCCAGUACGCCUCCCAGGGCAGGUAUGAGGUGGCUGUGCCCCUCUGCAAACAGGCCCUGGAAGACCUGGAGAAGACCUCUGGACAUGACCACCCAGAUGUGGCCACCAUGCUCAAUAUCCUAGCCCUUGUUUACAGGGAUCAGAACAAAUAUAAGGAGGCAGCCAGCCUGCUGAAUGAUGCUCUGGCCAUCAGGGAGAAGACCCUUGGCAGGGACCAUCCAGCUGUCGCUGCCACCCUCAAUAACCUGGCUGUCCUGUAUGGGAAGAGAGGAAAGUACAAGGAAGCAGAGCCUCUGUGCAAGAGAGCGCUGGAGAUCAGAGAAAAGGUGCUGGGGAAGGACCACCCAGAUGUGGCCAAGCAGCUGAACAACCUUGCCCUGCUGUGUCAGAACCAGGGCAAGUACGAAGAGGUGGAAUACUACUACAUGAGAGCGCUGGAGAUCUACCAGACCAAACUGGGCCCCGACGACCCCAAUGUGGCCAAAACCAAGAACAACCUGGCGUCCUGUUACCUGAAGCAGGGCAAGUUCAAGCAGGCUGAAACUCUGUAUAAAGAAAUCCUCACCCGCGCUCAUGAGAGGGAGUUCGGCUCUGUUGAUGAUGAGAACAAACCAAUAUGGAUGCAUGCUGAGGAGAGAGAGGAACAAAGCAAGGGGAAGCAGAAGGACGGCUCACCAUUUGGAGAAUAUGGAGGCUGGUACAAAGCCUGUAAAGUCGACAGCCCCACAGUGACCACCACCCUGAAGAACCUGGGCGCCCUCUACAGGCGGCAGGGCAAGUUCGAGGCAGCCGAGACUCUGGAGGAAGCCGCCAUGCGUUCCAGAAAGCAGGGUCUGGACAAUGUGCAUAAGCAGCGUGUGGCAGAGGUCCUGAGCGAGCCGGAGGCCCGUGAGAAGCAGCGAAGCCGCGAGAGUUUGACCUCUGACACGGUGAAAUACGAGAGUGGGCCGGACGGUGGCGAGGAAGUGAGUAUGAGCGUGGAGUGGAACGGGGACGGCUCCGGCUCUCUGAAGAGGAGCGGCUCUUUCAGUAAACUGCGAGCGUCGAUCCGUCGCAGCAGCGAGAAACUGGUCCGCAAGCUGAAAGGCGGCGGCUCGUCCCGAGACAGCGAGCCCAAAAACCCCGGCAUGAAGCGAGCCAGCUCUCUGGGGGUUCUUAACGUGGCGGACAAGGCUGCGAGUGACCACUACCAAGAACGAAAUAAUCGUCUGAGAAAAAGUCGCGACCUGAGUGCCAGCCACACUGAUCUGGCGUGUUGAAGGUUUUCAGACCCUGGCAGAGGUGAAGGACGGAGCCUGAGAGGUCACGGAGGUCAUGAGAAUCCACUUCCUGUCCACAAACUCCAGACCCUCCUCACUGUAAACAGUUUAAUUUCUCUCACACAUUAUACUGCUCACUGUACAGGUUUCAAUGUUUCAUUGCACUUUUGAAGGUUUGUGCUCUUAGAGAGGGAUUUUUUAAAUCAGUACAUAUCCAGGAAUAUGAACAUACAGGGACCUGCCGUAUGUUUGUGAUUUGAGUGUGUAUAUCUUUUCUGUGUAUAUCUUCUAUGUGUGUGUACUGUAUGUAAGUGUGUGCUGGUGUGAGUGAUUGCCCUCUCAAAUCAGUCCUUUUUAAUAUUUAAUGCUCUGCUAGCGCUUGAAUGAAGGCAGAUGCAGAGUAGAGCUUUAGUUUUACAGACAUUUCUGAUGUAGAGGCAAAAUAAAAUGUACUCACUGGUCCAGUUAAAUUGUAGUGUGUGAAGGCAAAUAGCUACAGAGCUCAAGUUCACUAACAGACAGACUAAACCUACAUGAAAGCCACUGCAAACUGCAAGUGGAAGUGUCCAACCAUUUAUAAAACACGCCGUUUUGUUUCAGGACGGGUUUUUAGUGGCGAGUUUUCAAAUUUGGCUGAUGCCAGGAUCAGACUACACGAUAAUUCUUGUUUUUCAAGAUGGUAACUGUUAAGUGCGUUUCCAUCCAUCUGUUUUUACGCACACAAGAGCGUAAAUGCUGGAAAUCUGAAAAAAAGAUUAAAAAAUCUGCUUGGUUAAAGUGGAAAAAUUGGUGUUUUGAUAAAAACAACCUUCCUCACAUAAAUUCAUGAAACAAACGUAAAUAUUAUAUAUCCAUCACGUUUUCGUUUGUUUGAGGUUUGAUUGGCGCUCUUUUAAUUACGUCAUCUUCUUCUGCAAUGGCUUCAUGGCACCCGACUGGAGAAUUAGCGCCUGUUUAUCUCGAUGCAUCAACUCCUAAUAGUCACGUAACAGUAGUAACAGUAUAAUAAUAACAGUAGUGGAUCGAAACGCGCAUUAAUUCACAUUUUCUUUUGCCAAUUUUCUGGAAAGUCGCUUAAAAUUUGCGCUACAUUCGUCUUCUCCAUGUUCACAGUUGAAGAGCGCUCUGUGCUCCUAUUGGUCAACACCACUGAACACGUCGUAGAAGUUGUCAAACUCGGAGAGAAAAGACAAAAAAAUUCCGACGUUAGUCUUUUUGUUGGGAUGUCGUGUCCUUCACUAUGAUACACUAAAAGAUAAAAUGAUCACUUGUCGCUCCCAAUGCUCAUUUUUGUUCCUGAUACCCGAUGUCUGUCGGUUCGGGUCAUUACCGUGCAGUCUGAUCGCUCCAUAAGAAGGAACCGAACAAAUCCAUCGCACUGUAGUUCACUUGUACUCAAUUUAUUGAUUACUUUCAGUUCGUAAAGUCAGUUUGUCAAGAAAAGUUUUUUAAUUUGAAAUCAAAGCAGCAAAGUUGCAGUCUAAUUGAACGUCAGAACACCAAUACUGAACUCACUGAUGAAUCAAUGUGGAUACUUUACCAUCUUGCACUUACUGAAACUGUUUGGCUUCACCCACCGAGGUUUAACUCAAACAGUGAGAGCAGUUCUGCCUCUGAGAACGUGUUUUAAUAACUAAACCUGCCGAGAACUCUGCAGACAACUUGUCCAGCGAUGACGUCUUUUUGUAGGCCGACCCGGACGUUAGCUUAGCUCUGCUUUCGCUCGGCAGAUUCCCAAUGGAAGUUCUGAACUGGGUUUAAGAAAAUAAGAUGUGUAGCAAAUUAAGAUUUAUCAUAAUCACGCAUUUAUGUUGAGCAGGAAACUCCUCACAAAUCAGCAGACAUUUGACAAUAUUGGAACAACAUGCAGUUACUGUACAACUCUGAAAUUCACAGCUGAGGUCUGAACAGGUUUGAACAAAAUGUGAGACAUGUUACGACCUUAUUUUCUGCUUUAUUUAAGCAACCCUUCAAGACAAAAAUGUUGGAAACCUGUCGAGGGAACCCACAUCUCAAAUGCUUUUAAGAAUUGCUUUCCUAAAAUGUUCCGUCCUGUGUUCAUUGAAGAUUUUGCUUUUUAUGUAUGAUGUUUACAUUUGGGGUUUUGUAAAUUAUGUUUUAUUUGUUUUCUGUCCUUGCGCUGCUCCGAAGAGUUUAUCUUUAUAUCUUUCUGUAAAAAAAGCCUUGAGAAUAGCAGCGCUGUCUUCCUAAACGUUGAGUCUGAGAAACAACGAGGCAGGACGAUGACAUUUAUUGGCACAUGAAGGCCGAACGACACAUUCUCAGGAUCGAGGCUGUAGUUUCACACACUGACCGCAAAGUUGACGCCACUCCACACUUUUACACAUUAACGCCAUUUUCAGCAAUGGCCGGAGAAAUGUUACAGCAUUUUUUACUUCUUUUAGUCAAGACAACACUUUACCAUGUGAGUAAAGUUGAACAAAUCCAGCCAAAAAGUGCAAAUUAUGAAUUAUUUAAGAACAGUUAUUAUCGUGCAAGAAUUAUUCCUGAGAUUUAAGUUGCAAGUGUAAAAUACAUGUUUUCUAUUAGCAAAAUGAGAGAGAGAAUAUUCCUCCUAUAGCUAGUCAUAAUAUAGUUUAUAUCACUGUAAACCAGUUAUUCACUUUGAAGUUCCAAAGUGUUAUUGAAAAUUAGAAUUAAUUUACUGACCUAAUAAAAAUACAGGAUUUAAUCUAACAUGUGUCCACAUUACAGCAGCUGGAUCAAAACCCAGAUCAGACCGCAAACAUAAUCCUGGUAUAAAUACUGACGGAUUAAUCCUAAAAAUGUCUUUAUGUAAAGAGACGCGUAAAGUUUCUAGCUUUAUUAGCUUUUUAUAUUAAAUGAAGUUCACUAUUUUUCUUUAAAGGGAACUAAGUAAUGUAUAUUUAUCAUCUUAUUCUGGUGACAAGCUUGAAAUGCAACAACAUACAGAAAAACUCUUAAUUUAUAUCCCCGUCAAUCGACAUUUAGGAUUAAGUGCAUUGCUAAAGAGCGCUAAAGAGUUUUGUUUGUUUGAGAUGAAAAUUAUCCGACCAGGUUUAAGGCUUUUUUUUUAAUGGUUCCUUACUUAAAUAUACUGAAUAUAAACAUAUUUUUCAAAACACCCGUCUUUCAGCGAGCAAAAGAAGCCAAAUUUCUCAAAUCUUAAAUGUUGCCUAAAUACAAAUAAAAUAAAAUGGUCCAAAAAUUAUAAAAUAUUGAUUUAAUUUAGAAAAUAUCUGAUUAAGGAAUAGGGCUGCAACUAACUCGAUUAAUUAAUAAGUCAUUUGGUCUGUAAAACUCAUAAUUUCCCAGAGCCCAAGUUGGCAUAUUUAUAUUAAUUAUUCUUGUUAUGUCUGACCAACAGUCAAAAAUACUCAGUUUACUAUCAUGAAAAACGAAGAAAACCAGUAAAUAUACAUGUUUGAGUGCUUGAAUGAGUGAAUAUGUUGCUUUAAAAAGUUAUUUAAAUAAUCGAUUAUCAAAAUUUCCUGUCAAUCAAUUGCUCAACAAAUCGUUUCAGCUCUGGAUCAAACUAACCAACGGUUUAUAAAGUAGUUUCAACAUUACCAGCUACAACAUUAAAAAGCUUCUUACAUUUUAAUGCACCAGUAAUAACAAAUUGACUGAGCAAUUAUCUUCACGAUAAAUCGUUUCAUCUGUAAAAUGUCUGAGAAUAAUGAACAAUGCCCAUCACAAAUUCACUAACAUCAACUUUUUAGUCAAACCAACAGUGGAAAACCCAGAAAAUAUUCAGUGUAUUAUCCUAUAAGACAAAGAAAAGCCGCAAAUCCUCACAACAGAAAAUAAAAAAUCGACUUAUCGAUUAAUUGUUUCAGCUCUAACGAAUAACCGCUUUCGGUACUUGACAGUUUUCGUUGCUCUCUGCUACAGACACACGUCUGUCUUCACCAAAAAUGCGCUGAGGUUCAAUAUUCAGCUCUAAUCGGGCUUAACACUCGUCCAUCUUGAAAAGAGUCUCUGGGUUUCCCAAAAGCAUCUUCAGACCAUGUUGUAAACGUGUCAGGCAGCGACUGGAAGACAUGAACAACCAGUCGUAAACAUAAAUAAUCUCUCACCUUACUUUAUAUUGAUUAUUGUUCUGACGUACUCAGAUUUUGCAUUUACUGCAUCAUAAGCUUUGUUAGUUUUUCUUGCAGAAGUUUCAUGAACUUUUAGUUUCUUGGCAGGGGUGUGCAAUAAGCUUUCGUUUGACUUUACCCUCCUUUGUUUGGAAAUAAUCAAACUCUUUACAUCUUACAGUCGUGAUUCUGAUUUGUAAAUUUGAUUAAAAAGUUAAUGAAUAUCCUGACCGAAGAACUUAUAUGAAGGCUUUCAUUCCAAAACGUUACACUGUUUAUCCCCUUUUAAAAGAACAUUAUCUGUUUCCCAAAUAAUAAAAAAACAAAACAAAGAUACAGUCCUGAAAUAUAAAUAUAAAAGCGGAAUAGAUUUGAUAACUUGAAUAAUAUUAAUGGUAAUUUUUCCUUCUGUGCCGGCAAUAAUUUAGUCAAACUCGUAGUGAUUUUUUAAAAAUGUUAAACAUCUCAUUUUGGAAUGAAAAUCUUAUUUUUUUCUUUAUGAAGAUGCUUUUAUUGACACGUUACAGAGUCGAGUGUGUUGAAGCUUUUUGUUGACUGUUGAUCAGUCUGCUUUGUGCUUUAAAAAAAAAAACAACUUUAUUGUCUUACUGUUAGAAGCUCCACAAAGUAAAGAGGCACAUAGUUUAACAGUGUCUGAUGGCUUUGAUGAACCGGGCAACAUUUUGGGCAACACCUUCAGCAACCGGCAAGAAAGUGAUAAAGUGUUGUUCAGGGUCGAUAUAAACAUUUAAAGAGACUCAUUUAAUGUUCUGAAUGUAGUUUACAUGAGAUAAAAUGCAGAGUAGUUUUAUAUGGAAGCAAAGAAAGGCCGUAAUAGCAACUAUUUAAAGACCACUGAAUUUAUAGUAUUAAAAUAUGAAAUCUGAAUUCAUGUGGUUUGAGUUUCCCUUUCCAGAAGUUAAUUUUAAGGUGGAUCACAUAACUGACAGAACAUAACCUGACGUUGAACGCAACCUCGUCGUUAAAGUUUUAAUUUGUCAUCUCUGAAUUUCACCAAUGUAAUUUUACCAACCUGAAUUUUUUUUUUUUUUUUGGUUUUCAGAUCAAACGAUGACGAACUGAAUUCAAGCAAUUUGAAUAUAGUUUUUCAUUAAUAUUGGACACAAUUUUCUAUCUGAAUUUGUGAGUAAAAUCAUGUUUUUAAACUUAAAAUGACCUUCUGGAAAUUUAAAAAAUUCAAACCACGUAAGUUCAUAAAGAUGGUUAUAAAUAUAUAUAAAAGAAAUAUAUACAAAAUACAAUAUUCUUAAAUUCUAUACAUUCAGCGGCAUUUAAAUUUACACAUAUUAUUCAGUGGUGACAAAAUUUCACGUUGCUUAUAAGAUUCAAAUCCUUUUGGCCUUUUUUUGCUUCCAUAGUUGUACGUAUUUUAUGCAAUUUACUGUUUAUUAAAAAAUAUAUUUAAAAAUAUUCAGUGGAAAAUGUAAUUUUUCACAAAUUUUCUACAUUUUAUGAUUUAAAAGUCUUUCAACCAAAAUUCAACAUCGGGUUAAAGUCUUUUUCUUCUUUAAUAUUUCUUGGUAUGUGUGUAUAUACUGUACUUAUUGAGUAAAGCGGCAGUGUUGAGGCAUUGUUGCUCAAUAUUAUAGGUCAAAGUUGCUCAAACUGUUGCCCUGUUGCAGAGGACAAACUGCAGCAGCCUGACGCUGAUUAUCACAGGAAGGAAAACUUUAUUAUGAUGACGUGAAUGUAAAUUUAUGGAUUUAUGGAAGCGCAGGUGACAAUGAAAAGUUGCCUCUGUGUGUGUGUUUCUUUGUUAAAGCAGCAGAGGUAAAAGUCUCACAGUCUCGCCAUUUUGUUGCAGUUUUUAUUUCUACUUUUUAAUUGUAUUUGUCAAAGUGUAAUUUCUCCUCCUCGGCCGUGGACCUGUUGUCGUGUGGAGCGGUGAUGCGGAUGGUUCGAUAAAGUUUAUUCUCAGCUUGGGACAAAAUGGUUUUAUAUCAAUUUCUUUAAAUUAAAGGCUAAAACAUGACCUCUAUCGCCCUCUAUCAGCGAUCACUUUGCAGCAAUAUUAACAGAAAUUUCCCCCUCUUACACAACCUAAUUAAAUCUAAUUAGAAUAAAUAUGUAAUAUUCCAUUUCAUAUUUAAUGUAAUAUGUUCUUUAAGGUUGUGGACGGAUAAUUUACGUCCCCAAACGUAAAAAGUUUUGGCCAGAAAGUGCAGAGAGUUUUGGAAAAUAAGACAAAAUGAGCACGUGGUAAAGUAAUUACUGCUGAUUGUUUAUAUAUUUAUUGAUUAAUCUGCUGAUUGUUAUAAUUGAUUGUUUGUUCUAUAAAAUAAACAGCAUUUUCAGUAUGUGAGAAAAUACUGAAAAAGUUUUUAAGAAUUUUGAGGUUAAAAACGAGCACUGUGAAGGCGUCACUUUGGGCUCUGUAUUCUCUGAAACUGUGACGCCAUUUCUCACUAUUUUCAGAAUUUUUACAAACCAAACAAUCAAUCGAUUAAUGGCGAAAGAUAAUCAGCAGAUUAUCAUAUCGACAGAACUUUUCCCCCUUACACAAACUACUUAAAACUAAUCAGCAGAUUAAUCCAUAAUGAAAAUAAUCAUUAGCUGCAGUCCACCUCAACCAGCAACAACAGUAAAAUCCUGCUUUCACAUUAAUACAUAAGUAAUAAUAAUCUAAUGGUAUAAUAUAUAAUAGUAUAACAGUCACAGGGGACAUUUUACUGCACUGAGUACUUUUAAUACUUUAAGUACAUUUUCCUGAUUAUACUCACAUACUUUUACUGAAGCAACAUUUUCAAUGCAGGACUUUUUACAGUGUGGAAUUUGCACUUUUACUUAAGUAAAGGAUCUGAAUACUUCCUCCACCGCUGGUCAUUUAUCAGCCUAGUUACCACGGCAACAUAUUGUAUGCUGCACCUUCCUCAUGUACCGCUCCACAGUGCGUCCGGUCUCCUAAAUCUAAAUUUUUUACGGCCACAAUUAUUAAAUACAAGAUUGAACGUGAAGUUGCACAUGUCCUUUUUGUUGUUUUUGUUGUUGUGUUUUGUGCGUGUAAGAUUAUUUUAAAGGACGUAAUGCUUCCCACAGAAAGCAUCGUAGAGCUCCUCCAUGUAAACUGUAUUUGUACAGAAAAUGUUCCUGGAUGAGACUGGCUUUCAUGAUACUACUUGUCCUCUGUAACUGCUGCUCUCUCAGACAUGUAGGCUUUUCGUUUGUCUGCAAACUGAUGUUCCACUACGCCUCCUUCUUACCUGAGCUGUGGAGACGUUUGUUUAUUGUUCAUCUUAACUGUAUUUGAAUAAAAUGGUCAAAUUUA